CGCGCUGCGCGUGGGAUCAGCCUGGCGCGGACCGGUGGCUCCCAGGAGCUAGUUCCCUCCUCGCCCCCGCCCCCUCGCCGCGCGGGGCCAGCGCGGCCGCUCCUCCCCUGGGUGGGUCCCGGCUCCUUUUCUGGCAGGGUCUAUUUGCAUAGAGGAAACUGCCCAAAGUGGCCGCUGUGGAGGAGUUGGCGGCGGUGAGGGGGGGCGUGCGCCGCAAUACGCGGCUACCCGGAGGCGAAGCCCCGCGCCCGGCGGACCUCGCGCCUCGGGCUGUCUCGCCUGUUCCUCACGCGCUCAACCUCAGCCCCAGCUCAGCAUCGUCCCUUCGGAGAAUCCACGCGCGACGAACGCGCCAUGGGCCCAGGAGAGAGCGCUGGUGGCGGUGGCGACGCAGGGAAGGGCAACGCAGCGGGCGGCGGCCGCGGUGGGGGCCGCCCGGCGACGACGGCCGGGUCGCGGGCGGUGAGCGCGCUGUGCCUGCUGCUUUCCAUGGGCUCGGCGGCCGCCUGCCUGCUGCUGGGCGUCCAGGCGGCCGCGCUGCAGGGCCGGGUGGCGGCGCUCGAGGAGGAGCGGGAGCUCCUGCGGCGCGCGGGGCCGCCCGGCUCCGGGGCCGCCUGGGCCGAGCCACACCUGGAGCGUCUGCUGCGAGAGAAGUUGGAUGGACUAGUGAAGCUCCGGACUGCUCGGGAAGCCCCAUCUGAAUGUGUCUGCCCCCCAGGGCCCCCUGGACGGCGCGGCAAGCCUGGGAGAAGAGGCGACCCUGGUCCUCCAGGGCAAUCAGGACGAGAUGGCUACCCGGGACCCCUGGGUCUGGAUGGCAAGCCCGGACUUCCCGGCCCAAAAGGGGAAAAGGGUGCAGCAGGAGACUUCGGCCCCCGGGGAGACCAAGGACAAGAUGGAGCUGCUGGGCCCCCAGGGCCCCCUGGACCUCCUGGGGCCCGGGGCCCUCCUGGUGACACUGGGAAAGAUGGCCCCAGGGGAGCACAAGGCCCAGCGGGCCCCAAAGGAGAGCCGGGACAAGAUGGCGAGAUGGGCCAGAAGGGAUCCCCAGGGCCCAAGGGUGAGCCUGGAGCACCUGGAAAGAAGGGUGAUGACGGGACACCAAGCCAGCCUGGACCACGAGGACUCCCUGGACCACCAGGGCCCAAGGGUGAGCCAGGGAGCAUGGGGCCUCAGGGAGAGAAUGGCGUGGACGGUGCCCCAGGACCAAAGGGGGAGCCUGGCCACCGAGGUGCGGACGGAGCUGCAGGGCCCCGGGGCGCCACAGGCCUCAAGGGAGAGCAGGGAGACACAGUGGUGAUCGACUAUGACGGCAGAAUCUUGGAUGCCCUCAAGGGGCCUCCCGGGCCACAGGGGCCCCCAGGGCCACCAGGGAUCCCUGGAGCCAAGGGUGAGCUUGGAUUGCCCGGUGCCCCAGGAAUCGAUGGAGAGAAGGGUCCCAAAGGACAGAAAGGAGACCCAGGAGAGCCAGGGCCAACUGGACUCAAAGGGGAAGCAGGCGAGAUGGGCUUGUCUGGCCUCCCGGGUGCCGACGGCCUCAAGGGGGAGAAAGGGGAGUCAGCGUCUGGCAGCCUACAGGAGAGCCUGGCUCAGCUCAUAGUGGAGCCGGGGCCCCCUGGCCCCCCUGGCCCCCCAGGCCCCAUGGGCCUCCAGGGAAUCCAGGGUCCCAAGGGCUUGGAUGGAGCAAAGGGAGAGAAGGGCACAUCGGGUGAGAGAGGUCCCAGCGGCCUGCCUGGGCCAGUUGGCCCACCGGGCCUUAUUGGGCUGCCAGGAACCAAAGGAGAGAAGGGCAGACCCGGGGAGCCAGGACUAGAUGGUUUCCCUGGACCUCGAGGAGAGAAAGGUGACCGGAGUGAACGUGGAGAGAAGGGAGAGCGAGGAGUCCCCGGCCGGAAAGGAGUGAAGGGCCAGAAAGGCGAGCCAGGACCACCAGGCUUGGACCAGCCGUGUCCUGUGGAGAAUCCCACCUGCGGAGGCCGGAGAGGGGCUCCAGGCUGGCGGGGCCCUUCGAGGGGCAGUGGGCCAUGCCCUGGGGGCCCCGACGGGCUGCCCGUGCCUGGCUGCUGGCAUAAGUGACCCUCAGGCCCAGCUCACACCUGUACAGAUCCGUGUGGACAUUUUUAAUUUUUGUAAAAACAAAACAGUAAUAUAUUGAUCUUUUCUCAUGGAAUGCACUACCUGUGGCAUUUUAACAUUCGAGACUGUGCUCACCCAGCCCCAGAGCCUUCAGCAUGUGAAGCUGCAGGAAAGUGGACAGCCCAGACCAGGGAGAUGUGUACCUAAGGGGCACCCUUGGGCCUGGGCUUUCCCGGGAAGGAGACAAAGGCAGAAGCCCCUGGCUAGGGCAAGGCUGGAAAGAUGCUAGGUUGGGCCUUCACAGAGAGACUCUCAGCGGUGGUACUGCCCUUCAAGAACCUGUCCCCAAAACCCUGGAUUCCCUGGGACACAUCCUAUCCAAGAAGGCUCAGGGCUGGGACAGCAGCUGCUGCUGCUGCUGCCACCGGCCUCACCAGCCUCCAAACUCAGCCACAACCAGCUGCCUCUACAGUUGGACAAGACUUGGCCCCUGGACAAGACUCACCUGGAACUUGCAGCUGAACCCACAGAGCAGUGAGUGGAAAUCCCCCAAGAGGGUCUAGCUGCCACCACAUUUGGUAGGCCCCAGGAGGCCAGACUGCCAUGAGAAUAUAUGUCCUCUGGCCAGGAGUAGUGGCCAAGCUCUGUGAUAGCUGUGAUGUGGACCCCGCUCCAGGGAGCUAGCUGAGUGUCGGGGAUGGAGGGGCCCAGGUGGGACUGACUGCUACUUCCUGUCUCUGUUUUCAUAUCAUCCAGAGAGGGACAAGAUGGGACAUGGCCCAGCCAAAGGAGGCAGUCCUCCCACUCAGAGUCUGAGUCUUACUGAUCCCAAGUCUCCUACCCAGAACUGUGGCCAAAAAUGACUCUACGUGGGCUGUACAGGCAAAGCAAACCUCAGGGCUGGUUCCCAGCUGGCCUGAGCAGGGGGCCUGCCACCAGACCCACCCACACUCUGACAAGAGGCUUUUUCGCUUCCAGCAAGCGUUCCCAGCAACCAGCUCCAUCCUGGCUGCUCACCUUCCUUCCAUUUCCAUGUAGAUGGAGAUCACUGUGUGUAAUAAACCACGAGUGCGUGUCUG